UUGAAAUGUAUGCAAAGGCUCAGAAGAAAAUGUCUAAAUCGUUGGAGCAGAUGCUAGCUAUACAAGAGCAGGUGAAUUCAGUUAAAUCAUCUGAGAAGGAAAUAAAGGCUCUCAAAGCUAAGCAGAGUGAAGAUAAAUUGUUAGACAAAUCACUUGAUGCUAAACUGGUUGAAAUGCAAGGGAAAGUGGACCACUUGGAAGAAAUGAAAAGGAAAGUAGAGAAAGAAUGUGCACACGCCCGCGAGGAGGCUAUGAAAGAGCUAAACCAAGUGAAGUUUGAAGUCGAGUCGUUUAGGCGUGGUCUUCAGCUGAGGCAAAAACAGGUUGAAACGGUCAUUGCUGAGGGGGAUGCUGUGAAUGCAAAGAUUAACUCAGUGAGAGAGAGUGGAGCAGCCAAGUGCCAACAGUUGAAACUUAAACUCGAGGAGGUCGAGAAACAGUUUGCUAUGUACUCAUACAAACUCAACAAUGCGUUGAAGCGCUACGAAACCGAGUGAAUGGACCAAGGUUGAGCCAGGGAUCUCUUGGAAAUAGCCUCCCUACUUCCGAGUAGGGGCAAGGUCUGCGUACACACACCCUCCCCAGACCCUACUGUAGUGAGAUUUAACUGGGAUGUUGUUGUUGUUGUAGGGCCUAUUUCGUCAGCGAAAUAAGAACAAUAUGACAUGUGUUUUAAAAUUUGUAAGAAUCUGUUUGGAUUUUGACAUUUAAAAUGAAGGUAUUGAAAAGAUUCUAAUAUUGAGAGAUAUUAUAUUCAUGUCUAUAAAAUUUGGUUUAAUUU